CUCUCGCGAUAGUUUGAUGUCAUUAACAGAUCUGUUUGCGUAUACGCAUACUUUCAGUUUUCCUACAAAUAUAAUUUUAGGAAUAUUACGUAAAAUAUUCAUUAUUUAUAUCGGGACACCAUGAUCAUCGGCUGCACACAUUCUAGAGUUAAUCACAAACUCUGGUUCAACCCUUGAGUUGACAGAAGGUUUAUAUCGGGCUUUAGGAGACUGCUGAACCUGAUCUAAACCAGGUUGGAUUUGUUGGUUUUGUCAACUCUAAACCUACUCUGAAACUGCUUGUUCAGCUGGCUUCAUGCUACAAGGAGAGAACUAUGAAACCAUCAAAGUUUCAUCUUAGAUGUAGAUACUGCUUCAUCUGUGCAUUUUUAGUGCUGAUAAACAAAGUCUUUCUGCAGGACACAGUCGAGGGGUUUAUUGGUGGUUCUGUUGUCCUGCCGUGUUCUUCAGAUGAACAUGAUGUUAAACUUCAAGAUAUUAAUGUGCUUUGGAGAGACAAAGGCAGCGAGACUGUUUAUGAUAUAAUUAGCGGUAAAGAUUCAGUAGAGCGACAGAACCCACGGUACAAGAACAGAGCUGAAACCUUCCCUGAGGAGUAUGAGAGAAGAAACUUCUCCAUCAAACUCAUCGAUCUCACUCAUGCUGAUGAAGGAGAGUUCAGCUGCUUCAUCACACACUCAUCUGAUUCUAAACAGGAGACUGUACGGCUGUUCAUUACCGAUUCAGCAGCAGUCGCUAGUACAGAAUCUCCUCAACAAGAAAACCAUGAUCUACAAUUGUUCAGCUCUUGUGAGACUCAAAGAUAAUAUUGACUGACGUUCUCUUGGGAGGAGGAACUCAUAGACACUGAGGGCAUCUGUCAGAGAUGAGAAGGCGAGUGGACAAUUACAGUCUGUUUUGUAGUCAUCAGAUCACCAAGACAUCCUCAUUCUGAUCUACAAAGGAACUAAAAGAAACAGAAAGCAACAGUUUCACACGCACAUCAUGUCUUGAAUCUGCCCUUCAUCCCUUGUUUGUUAUUAGGAUACAGUAUCAGCAUGAAGGUUUGGUGGCUAGUUUUAAAUCAGAUGAACUUUCUGAAUUCAAAUAUCCAGUUUUUAAAUGUUUUAAAAGCACUUUUUCUUGUUUAUUUGAUCAUUAGGAAACAUUCUAGUUCACUAUUCUUCAAACAUAAUGAGAAUUUUACUUCUGAAUCAAGUAACAUUUCAACAUCCAACUAAAUGUUUCAGGUAUAAACACUUCAUGGACAAUGCUAACAUUUUGUGAAAAGGAGACGUUUUAAAGACCAGGUGACUUUGAACAAAUGAUUUAACAAUGCUAAUGGAAGAAUUAUUGUUUUUAACCUUUUUCAUUGCACAGCUAAUUAAAAAAAAGGGUUUAUUGUGAAACAUUUCUAUUUUUAUUUAGAAUAUCAGCCAAUAUGACACACUUUGUGCUGAUUUACACUCAUUUUUGUGGUUUUUAUUAACAGAUCUGAAUGUAACAGUUACUCUUUGCACAGUAAAUAUCAUGACGAGAACUUUGACCUGACAAAAACUAAAAACAUGAACUCAAUGAAAUAUGAAAACAAGCUGUUGUUGUGUCUGGAUGUUUUUCUGAUUUACAUCUCAUUGUCCUUCCAGCUUCAGAAUGAAGAGAUCAGAUGAGAAAAAUAUCUUUAUUUAGCAUCAGUUUCUUAAACCCUCAGGACAUUUACUGUAACAGCACAGGAAUGCUGUUAUCUUGAAGAUCCCUUUACAUUCCACUAGAUGGCAAAGACGACUAGCAGAGAUAUGGAGUUUGAGGCAUGUGGAGCUGCUUGUUUGCAAAUGACUCAUGACGUCAUAGAACACUAAGAUAUCAUUAUCACGCACACACACAUACAAAAAAAAGUCUAAAGAAUUUUCAACUGGGCUUUGUGUUUUUUUCUUGACAUGACCAAUGUUGAGAUUGAUGUGCUGCUGCUUGAUGUCUGUGUGUGCAUAAAUAAUAGAAUAGUUCAAAACUUUCUUGUACAGAACAUAAAAAAAAAAAAAAAAAAAUCCUUCAUUCCUGAUUGGUGCAACACUACUGGCGUUCUUGCCGCAGUAUCAGAGUAUCAGACACUGUAUAUAGUAUCAAAGCCAUCAUUCAGUAUGUGGUCCAGAUCUGGAACUAAACAAUGUUGCUGUCAGGGAUUAUUUCUAUUCUUUCCGACAACAAAGCAUGUGAACGUGACGAGCUGGUAAUCACGGCUUCAGAAAUGGGAAGUAGGACAUUUCUGAUUGCAUGUACAUCAUGAGUCCAAGACAGUUUCUGAUUAUUCCAUUAGUUCACCUGACACAAACAUAGUAUUUGAAGUGAUAUUAUGUGUGAACAUUUUUGGCUUUCUCUCUACACUGGCAUCAGGUAAAACUAGAAACUAGAAGUGUCUAUGCACACACUUGUUAGACUAUAAAUCUAACAUGGACAACAUAUGCAUCUAC